CUUUAAAACAGACAUGGCGUCUCCUGUGAUUGAACUCCGGAUUGCUACGCAAGACGGCGUCCCUCGCUAUCUCCGGCAAGCCAAACGAGUCUUGGCACGGUCUACUUCUUCAACUGUAAAAUUUUCUGCUCUUAGCAAAGCUAUCACCAAGGCUGUUUUCACGGCGGAGCUGCUCAAACACCACAUCCGAGAUCUUCACCAAAACCCAUCUAUAUCAUCCUUUGGUGUCAAAUUAAUCCCUGCUCUCGCUAUUACACUCUCCCACACGGUAAUAUAUUCCACUCAGCCGGGCUAUCAGUCGGAUUGCCAAGUGAAGCCUAGAUCUAAGUUGGCUAAGUGGGUUUGGCGAAGGAUCGACAAGCAGCCGCAGGAAACCAGCCCAAUUACACAUCAUCUUCCCGAUUCCGGUGUCGAGGUUGCUCCCGGUGACAUACCCGAAGUUCCCUGCUGCUGCCACCGUGUCCUGUGCGACGACUAG